AUGGAGACCGCUCCUCUCACCUUGGCUCAUACCCACGCUCGCAAUGCAGUUCUCGAGACUCGCAAAUCGAACCCCGUAGCUGCCAGCGAGGAACAUGACUUAGCUGCAGGCGAGUUUGCGACUGCAGCCCAGAACAGCUCUGAUCGAGAGGCCUUGCGGACCCUUCAAUUGCUCGAACAGCACCACAAGAAGCUCGCCCAGAUCCUACGCUUUCAGCAUGAGAAUCCUCCAAGUACGGCGGGUGCCAAUGCGAAUGCUCAACUACUGGCAACGGAAUCCGGGACGAGAACGUCCGCAUCUGCUGGAGAUCCACAACAGCCCCCGCGACUAUCAGGACAUCCUCGUCUACCAUCAAGGGAGUCCUCCUCGAUUGCCAGCAAUCUUGCUUCAGCACGGGGCAUCCCAUCGCAGCCACGCCGCGCCUCUCCGGCAUCUCCGACAAUCACUCCUCAGCAGGCCGGUGCAAAGAUGACAGAGGGUCCGACAAAGGUCCGGACGAGCGAGUCGCGACUGCGGGGUGCUCAAAUGCAAGGGACGAAGGAGCGCCUGAACCGUAUCUCGGUAUCGAAACAAUCCUGGACCCCGCCAGCACCAAGCCCUACCGAUAUCACGUCGCAGCAAUUCGCACCUCCAGAGCCCUCGGAGCCCGUGCGCCCGAAGUCUCGAGCCCCGCACACAGAGGACCAGCCAUUCCAAAAGUUCUAUUCCACCUUCGAAGGCCUGAUCUCGAAGAUCUCUGCGCCGUUGGCAUUUGCGGGUCUCCCUCUAGGCAUCGAAUCUUCCGAUUCCACUAGCCGCAAAUCUGCCCCGGACACCAAGACCGACCGGUACAAUGCCACAUCUGAUCGGCCAUCUCUGUCCGCCGAACCGGAUCUCAACAAGAUGUUCUCACGAGCAGCCCUACAAGCGAUCAAAGACACAACCGGCGGCGGAACAGGAAGUACAGCAGAAUCCUUCUACGUCGUUCCCACGACCGGCGGAACAGUCUCAUACGCGGGGAUCCUAACAAGAGCCGAAAAAGAAGCCCGAAGAAGCAGCUUCGAAGACGGCGACGAGGACUUCGUAGACGCACGCGAGACCCCCCCAUCUCCAGAACUGCGCCAAAGCCUCUCCAGCGCCCAAGGCAAAGCAGCCCGAAGCGGCGACAAGUUCAACAGUCUCCACAACCCCAAAACCAUGGAAGAACUGCAAAUGGAAAACCAAGCCCUGAGACACCUAUCCGACACGCUCUCCAAGCGCCUCCACAUGUGGGAAGUCAACGCCCAAUCAUCCUCCAUGGCCCUACAACAAUCCCUCAAAGCAAUGCACCAUCAAAACAUCCCAUCCCUUGACCAUCCACCCCCUCUCCCAUCCAUCGCCGCAUCAUCCGUCACAACCGGCGGCCUCUCAUCCCCACCCAUCACAGACCACGACCAACGAAUCAAAGAACUCGAAGACAUGGUCCGACGCGGCGAAAAGGAACUCAACAAAGUCGGUCGCGAGAACGACAAGCUCCGCGACGUCCUCGGCCGCUACCGCGAACGAUGGGAAAAACUCAAAGAGGGCGCCAAAACCCGUCGAGCAACAGCAACCGCAGCUGCAGGGGCAGGUAGCUCGGCGGCCACGUCGUCUGCUGCUGCUGCCGCCGCUGCUGCUCAACCUAUCCGACGGCCCAGCAUCCAGGCAGAUACAGAUGAUACGCAUUCGAGAACAGGGGGUGAGACGGAAACAGCGGAGAAUUCGAAUAAUGAACGAGAGGGAUCGGAUCAGUGAUUGUGAUUAGGAUUAGCGCGGCGGGUGUUAUAUUAAUAUGUCCUAUCCGUGGCUUUGUUGUGGCUCGGUUGUCGUACCUGGCUGUUAUUUAUUUUCUAGUUCGGUUCUUAUUUUUACUCGGCGGCGUAAUUAUUCGAUUUUUAUGUUGUUACUCUACGAAAGCAAGCACACGAACUGAAUUGAACUAAACUGGACAUUAUCUGU